AUGUCGCGCCAGGACGUCGAUCGCGGCAUUCAGCCAGGGUACAUGCGGCCCACGCGAUCCGCCCGUUGGCGCUGGGGCUGUGAUGAUGUCGGGGUUGAGGAUUUGCCUGCGGGGCCCAUGCCAAGAGCGCGCAGAGGGCCACGGCUGCCGGGAUUGCCGCCAAGAUUCAUGCAGCACACGGCGUCUUCGCGGGCCAAGCUGAGGCCCGCGGGGACGCGGCCGCUGGGGCUUGGCAGCGGGCGGGUGGAGCCUGAACCCGAGGGCCAGGCCGUUGAGAAUGUCGAACAACCCGAGGUCAACACAGUCACUGACCCGGUGGCGACACCCACAACCGACGUCCAACCCGAGCAAGAACUCGAGCCGCAGACGCCCCCAAGGCGGAGAUUGGCGGUGAGCGCCUAUAUCACGUCCGUGGACAGCGCCGCAGACGGUGUUAUGGGAUCCAGCUCCAAGGCCAACCGCGGUGAGGGCAGCCAAAGGGGCAAUAAGGCUAGCCGGCGCAAGGGGGAUCUUCCCAGGAGGCGGUAUCUUGGGAAGGAGAAUGUGUCGCCGAUGGGAUUUGGCAAGGGAUGGGGGGAGGAGGGCAUUGGAGAUGGGCACGAGUGGCUGCGGGGGCGGUCGGGGUCGCUGGCGAGGCAGCUGGGGUGGCCGGCGGACUGGAGGGCGGCGGACGCGCAGCUGGCCAAGGGGCCGGGGAGGUGA